UGUCCUGCGCCUGGCCAGACCAGACGAGUUGUGGGAUGACAUCAAGGACAUAAUACAUGAAGAAACCAAGAGGUCAUUAAAAAGAUAGGAAAGAAAGAAAGACCAAAAUGGAUGUCAGAAGAGACUCCGAAGCUUGCUCUUAAACAUCAAGUAGCUAAAGCAAAAGGAAGAAAUGAUGAAGUAAAAGAGCUGAGCAGAAGAUUCCAAAGGGUGGCUUGAGAAGACAAAGUAAAGUGUUAUAAUGAUAUGUGCAAAGACCUGGAGGUAGAAAACUCAAAGGGAAGAACACACUCGGCAUUUCUCAAGCUGAAAGAAAAAAUUCAAGCCUCGAGUUACAAUGGUCAAGGAUUCUAUGGGGAAAGUAUUGAAUGAUGCAGGAAGCAUCAAAAGAAGAUGGAAGGAAUAUACAGAGUCACUAUACCCAAAAGAAUUGGUCGACGUUCAGCCAUUUCAGAAGGUAGCAUAUGAUCACAGACCAAUGGUACUGAAGGAAGUCCAAGCUCGCUGAAGGCACUGGCAAAGAGCAAGGCUCCAGGAAUUGACGGAAUACCAACUGAGAUGUUUCAACAAACACAUGCAGCACUGGAAGCGCUCAUUCAUCUAUGCCAGGAAAUUCGGAAGACAGCGACUUGGCCAGUCGAUUGGAGAUCUAUAUUUACGCCUAUUCCCAAGAAAAAUGAUCCAACCAAAUACUGACAUUAUCAAACAGUAUCAUUAAUAUCACAUGCAAGUAAAAUUUUGCUGAAGAUCAUUCAAAAGUGGCUGUAGCAGUGCGUCGACAGGGAACUGCCAGAAAUUCAAGCUGGAUUCAGAAGAGGGUGUGGAACCAGGGAUAUCAUUGCCGAUGUUGGAUGGAUCCUGGCUGAAAGCAGAGAAUACCAGGAAGAUGUUUACCUGUGUGUUAUUGACUAUGCAGAGGCAUUCGACUACGUGGAUCGUAACAAAUUAUGGAUAACAUUGCAAAGAAUAGGAAUUCCAGAACACUUAAUUUUGCUAAUGAGAACUUGUAUGCAGAUCAAGAGGCAGUUGUUCGAACAGAACAAGGGGAUACUUCGUGGUUUAAUGUUAGGAAAGGCAUAUGUCAGAGUUGUAUCCUUUCACCAUACCUAGUCAGUCUAUAUGCUGAGCAAAUAAUCCAAGAAACUGGACUCUAUGAAGAAAAAUGGGGCAUCAAGAUUGGUGGAAGUCUCAUAAACAACCUGCUUUAUGCUGAUGACACAACCUUGCUUGCUGAGAGUGAAGAGGACUUGAAGCACUUAACUGAUAAAGAUCACAGACCACAGCCUUCAGUAUGGAUUACGCCUCAACAAAAAGAAAAAAAAUCCUCACAACUGGACCAAUAAGCAACAUCGUGAUAAACAGAGAAAAGAUUGAAGUCGUCAAGGAUUUCAUUUUACUUGGAUCCCCAAUCAACAUCCGUGGAAGCAGCAGUCAAGAAAUCAGACGACGCAUUGCAUUGGGCAAAUCUGCUGCAAAAGACCUCUUUAAAGUAUUGAAAAGCAAAGACGUCACCUUGAAGACUAAGGUGUGUGUGACCCAAGCCAUGGUGUUUCCAAUUGCCUAGUAUGCAUGCAAAAGCUGGACAAUAAAUAAGGAAGACCGAAGAGCUGACGCCUUUGAAUUGUGGUGUUGGGGAAGAAUACUGAAUAUACCAUGGACUGCCAGAAGAACAAACAAAUCUGUCUUGGAAGAAGUACAACCAGAAUGCUCCUUAGAAGCAAGGAUGGUGAGACUUCAUCUCACAUACUUUGGACAUGUUAUCAGAAGGGAUCAGUCCCUGGAGAAGGGCAUCAUGCUUGGUAAAGUAGAGGGUCAGUGAAAAAGAGGAAGACCCUCAACGAUAUGGGUUGACACGGUGGCUGCAACAAUGGGCUCAAGCAUAACAACGAUUGUGAAGGUGGUGCAGGACCUGGUAGUGUUUCAUUUUGUUGUACAUAGGGUCGCUAUGAGUCGGAACCAACUCAUCAGCACCUAACAACAACUGGUUGCAAGGAGAGUGUGUAGUAUAGAGGGGCAAGGUGGGGGCAGGGAGGCCAGUUUGGAAGCUGCAAAAGUGGGAGACGGUGGUGCCGUGGACAUAGUGGAAAGAGGGCAGGGUUUGGUCAUGUCUUCAAAGGUGAAGUGGCAGGAUCUGCGAAUAGGUGGUGUGUGGGGCACGGGAGAGCGAGGAGUUAAGAGACGUACAGUUCCCAGUUCAGCCCUCCUAACCACUGGGCCUCCACCUCAGGGGUUCGGGGCCAUAUCCCCUGUUACAGAUGAGACGAUGGAGCCUUAGAGAAAAGGGAGCAUAUGUGUGCACACUGGCAUCCACUGCCACUCUCCUGUGUGUGCACUCGUGCAUACUCAGCACACUUGUGUGCAUGUGUUUUUGCACACUCCUGCACUGCAUCCUGUUGCAUAUUUCACACAUACUUGUGGUUACAUGUUGUUUUGCACACUCCUGGACUACAUUCUCCGUGCAUACUGUUUCACACACACUUAUGUGCAUGUGUAUUUUGCACACUCUUGCUCUACAUUCACACACAGCCACUAAUCACAACCCAAAAGGUAUGAGAGGUAUAGGUAUAGGAAAGGUAUAACACGUGAUGAGGUGCUGCCAUGGGCAUGAUGAUAAGCCCCUGAGCAUGUGGAUAAUGGCUGUGGUCCGGGAAGGGUGAAUGCGAAGCUGCCUCUGCUGUGGGUGCUGGGAGGGUGUCAUUCUAGCCGUCUUAGGAUGCUGAGUGCUGCGCACUGCCAAGCUCUGCUGCAGGCCCCCAGGUCCCUGGGCUGCUUGGAUUUGUUGAAACCUGACGGGUGGCUUCCAGCCUGUUUCUUUGGCACGUCCUUCGUGGGGUGCCAGCCUGGCUGGCUCAUGGGCCACCUAAGGGUGGUCACCUUGCUGUCUGCUGCUUACCGAUGGAUAGAUAGCACUCACGCAAGUGCCAGUGAGCUCCAUCCUGGACAAGGCUGAUUCUUGGAAACGGCAAUUUCAGCUUGUUCUCUGUACCCCAGAUGAGACAGGCUCCGGAGGAUUUACAUCCAGGGAUCAAGUUGGCCUGUCUCCCUCUGGGAGUGACAGGUGAGCAGGAGCUGCAGGUGACUCAGCGUGAGACGUCGGUGUCGGUCGCGGCUGGAGAGGCGGUCACUCUGUCCUGUGUAGUCUCCUCUCCACAACCCGUGGGUCCCGUCCAGUGGUUCAAGGGGAAUGGACCAGAUCGGCAGUUAGUCUACAGUUUCAAAGGAGGCUUAGACCGCGUACGCCUCUUCCCCCGAGUAACAAAUGUUACAGACCAGACAAUAAGAGGCAACACGGACUAUUCCAUCCGCAUCAGGAACAUCACCCCAGCAGACGCCGGCACCUACUUCUGUGUCAAGUUCAGGAAGGGGAGCCCUGAGGACGUAGAGUUUAAGUCUGGUCCUGGGACACAGGUGACUGUGAGUGCCAAGCCCUCUCCCCCCGUGGUAUUGGGCCCUUCGGUGAGGACCACACCUGAGCAGACAGUGAACUUCACCUGCGAGUCCCAUGGCUUCUCCCCCAGAGAUGUCACCCUGAAGUGGUACAAAAAUGGGAAUGAGCUCCCAGUCCUCCAGACCAACGUGGUCCCGCCGGGCGACAGCGUCUCCUACAAUGUCUCCAGCAGGACCCAGGUGACGCUGACCCGAGAGGACGUCCACGGUCAGGUCAUCUGCGAAGUGGCUCACAGUACCUUACAGGGCUCUCUUCGUGGGACGGCCAACUUGUCUGAGACCAUCCGAGUUCCGCCCACCUUGGAGGUUACCCAACUCCCCAUUCAAGGGAACCGGGUGAACGUCUCCUGCCAGGUGAAGAAGUUCUACCCUAAGAGCCUAGAGCUGACCUGGUUGGAGAACGGAAAUCUGUCCCGAACAGAUUCAGUCUCAAUCUCCACCGAGGACAAGGAUGGGACCUAUAACCUGAACAACUGGAUCCUGGUGAACUCAUCUGCCCACAGGGAGGAUGUGGUGCUCACCUGCCAGGUGGUGCAUGACGGGCAGCCAGCAGUCACGAAAAACCUGACCCUGAAGUUCACCGCCCCCUCGAAGGACCAGACCACAGAGCCAUCCCCUGACGGUUCUGAGCAGAAUAAGAAUAUCUUUAUCGUGGUGGGCGUGGUGUGUGCCUUGCUGGUGGCCCUGCUGAUCGCGGCCCUCUACCUUCUCCGAAUCCGGCAGAAGAAAGCCAAGGGCUCCACUUCUUCUACAAGGUUGCAUGAGCCUGAGAAGAACGCCAGAGAGAUAACCCAGGUACAGUCCUUGGUACAAGACAAAAAUGACAUGAACAACAUCACCUAUGCAGACCUGAACCUGCCCAAGGGGAGGAAGCCUGUACCCCAGGCCGCUGAGCCCAACAGCCACACAGAGUAUGCCAGCAUUCGGGCCAGCCCACCACCCAGGUUGGAGGACAACCUCACCUAUGCCGACCUGGACAUGGUCCACCUCAACCGGGCCCCCAAGCACCCUGCCCCCAAGCCCGAGCCCUCCUUCUCAGAGUAUGCCAGCGUCCAGGUCCAGAGGAAGUGAGAGGCCUUGGUCAUCUUAGGGCUGUUCCCCACAAGCUUCCUGUCUUGCGUGGAGCCACCAUUAUGGGGACAGCAGCCCAGUCCCUGGAACACCAGGAUGGCGAGGCCCUGGGACCCAGGGGUGAGGGCAGCUCUUGUCUCCCCACCACCCUGGCUCUCCAACACUUCAGACCCACCACGGCCCCACACGUUCCGACACAUAGAGGCUGGUGUUGCCAAACCAACUGGGGAGCCGACUUGGGGACUGACCACAGCGGCCAGGAGCCCAAGAGCACUCAUGCCUCUGCUCCACCAAUGCCUGGAUCUUGGUCACGGUCUUGGACACCCUUGACGCUCCACAGCCUGAUCUCACAGGGUGAGGAGGGAGAAGAUUCCACUUCCUCUGCUGCCACCACCACCCAACUGGGACUUCUGGAAAAAGGUUUCCCUUUGGACCGAACUGCUCCAUCCGUGGAGAAGCUGGACAAAAACCCUGGGACCCACAUCCCAACCCCUGGUGAGGUUGCUGCCAAUAGUCCUGGACUUCCUCAUCCCUGGGCUGAGGAACCGCAGGCCCUGGGGGAGGAGGGAACCCUCCCAGGAACCCCCUCGAAGGACCACCAGUGAAACCCCCUUCUCUUCCUCCUCCUCUUCCUCCUUGUGUCCCUCCAAAACUCCUCAAGGACCCAUCGCCCUGACUGUGGCACUCCACGGAGAGCCACCUCUUCUCUCUAGCCCAGCUUGCUUUCUCCAGCUAGUACUAAUUCACGACAUCUUGCUGUGGACGCCUGUAAAUUAUUGAGAAAUGUGAAAUGUGCAAUCUUGAAACUGAGGUAUUAGAAAUUUUGAUCUGUGGUGUUUUUUUUUUUUGUUUUUUUUUUCCUUAAGACAACAAUGACAUUGUCUUGACUCUUUGUCAUGUGUUGAAGUACAUGGUUGGGUCUUGUGAAGUCUAAAGUUUAACAGUAUGUUGUCCUGAAAGGAUUUUCUUAUCGCAGAGACUGAAUUCCACCAAGUCCCAGAGCCCUGAGGACGGGGAGGAAGGGCCAGUUUGGCUGGUCCGUGGAGACACUAAGCCUUCUGUCCAGGACUAAAUUGGCCAAGUUCUCAGUGGAGCCAUGUGGCUGGUACUCCUGCCGUCCUUGACCCACUGUGGUAAGUCCCAAUCUUCCAGUGCUUCUCUUGGCCACUUCCUUGGCAGUACAGUCUUUUCAAGACCUAAUGCCUCAGUCUGUUCAUCUGUAGAAUGGGGAGAGGAAAGAUGCCAUCCCUCCCCACCAUCUCUCACAAGCACUUUAGGAAUCUGCAGGGUGGGGAAGCUGAGCCUGGCUGUUUUCUCCACCCCUUUAGCUACCUUCCCUACCCCAGCUCUCUGAGCUGAUCCCUCAACGAGGAACCUUCCAUUUCUUCUCUCAAAGCCUCUUGGGAUCAAACUGGAAUAAAUCAAAGACAGCCAGGAAGACUGAGCAGCUAUGAAGCCAGGGCUGUUUUGCCUUCUGUCCCUCCAUCUCAGGAGGCUUGAUAGAAGCAGUGACCCCUUCCAAUUCGGGGAGCUGAUGCCCCAGCACAAGCAAGCCCCAUUCAUUCAGUCUUCGCUGUAACUGAUCAACUCGUAGAGUUAAAAGCGCUAAUAUUCACGGCCCCCUUGGUUGGCCUAGGCAUUCAGUGCCCAGGGGAUUCCUGGCCCAGUCCGUCAGAGCGAGAGGCUGGUGAUCUGGCGCGCUGGUGGGACCUACAGGUGGAGUUUGGGGAACUCAGCACAGACCCAGCUCUCUGGGGGAUGAUGGGGUGAUGUUUUGCAUAAUGGCAUCCAGGAGUUAACUGAGCCUGCAUGCCAUGUGGGCACACCUGGCCUGACAAGCCAGGGCUCCUUUGUGGCAUCCUGGAGCCACAGUGGCCCAGCCACCUGGCUUCUAUCAUUUCUGGUUCCAAAGGGUUGGCUUAUAAACCUUGGUCUCCCUCUCUUCUACCCAGAGAGAUCACAUGUGCACACACAUACACAUACUCACACACAUACACAUAGACACGUACACACACAGGCAUGCAUGCCUACAUACACACAGAUACACAUUUUUGCACAUAUGUAUACACAGAUACACGCACACAGAAUUUAAAAAGAACGUUUUCUUGGUGCCAUUUUUCUUUGAUUUUAUUUUCACUUUUGGAGGGGGCAUAAGGGAAUGAGGCCAAGGAAGACAUGUAGCUUCAGCUUCAUUCAGCCUGGCAGCCUGGCGAUUCCGCCACUCCUUGUGUAUCGAACCUCAGGAAGAGGAAGAGGCUGACAAACGCCGCGGAAGAAGCGUGGUUUGGGGAGUUUAUUUUCAGACUGCUGGGAAGGAAACAGGCCCCAUUUUGUAUAUAGUUGCAACUUAAACUUUUUGGCUUGCAAAAUAUUUUUGUAAUAAAGAUUUCUGGGUAACAAUGA